UCUACCAUUCUUACUCAAUUCUGCUAUCUAAGAAUGUAGGCUACCUCCCUCUUUUAACUUCUUGUCUAUCUAACAAUAGAAACUCAGAGGCCAAAAAAAAAAAAAAAAAGAAAAAUUAUAGAGCAAAGCAAUGCCAGGUAUAGGAGAGCAAGCAAAUGUUCCACUGUUGGAAGGAGACAUAGCUUCAACAAUCCCAGUAUCAGUAGAAGAUGGAGAUGAAGACAAUGAGGAAGACCAACUUCUUUCAUGGAGGGUUUGGAAAGAAUCAAAGAAACUCUGGCACAUAGCAGGUCCUACAAUCUUUGGCCUCCUAGCCAGCUACUGUACCCUUGUCAUCACCCAAGCCUUUGCUGGUCACCUGGGUAGUCUUGACCUCGCUGCAAUAUCCUUGGCUUUCUACGUCAUCGUUAACUUCAAUUUUGGUCUCCUGCUGGGGAUGGCAAGCGCUUUGGAAACGCUAUGUGGCCAAGCUUUCGGUGCCAAGAAGUAUGACAUGAUGGGUGUAUACCUGCAGCGUUCAUGGAUUGUUCUGUUUACUUGCAGCAUUCUGCUUUUGCCAAUCUAUUUCUUCGCGACUCCGAUUCUAAAGCUUUUGGGACAGCAUUCAGAUCUCGCAGAGGCAGCGGGGGUAGCGUCAAUGUGUUUGAUACCAUUUCACAUUAGCUUUGCGAUUCAAUUCCCAUUGCAGAGAUUCCUGCAGAGCCAGCUUAAGACUGGUGUGAUUGCUUGGGUAUCACUAGCAGCACUAAUUGUGCAUGUGACAGUGAGUUGGUUGUUUGUGUAUAGGCUUGAGCUUGGACUGGUUGGUACAGCCAUUAGUUUGAAUUUCGCUAUGUGGGUGAUGGUGAUUGGACUUUCGGGUUACACAUUUUGUGGUGGGUGUCCUUUGACUUGGUCUGGUUUUUCAGUCCAAGCUUUUUCAGGCCUUUGGGAGUUUAUCAAACUCUCUGUCGCUUCCGGUGUCAUGCUUUGCUUAGAAAGCUGGUACUCUACACUAGUUUUAUUGGUGACUGGAAGUCUUAAAAAUGCUGAGACUGCCGUGGAUGCUUUGUCUAUAUGCAUGAGCAUAAAUGGAUGGGAGAUGAUGAUUUCUUUUGGAUUUUUUGGCGCAACCGGAGUGAGAGUGGCAAAUGAGCUAGGAGCAGGGAAUGGAAGAGCAGCCAAAUUUGCCACAAAAGUGUCGGUGGUGACAUCUGCAACAAUUGGGUUUACCUUGGCACUAUUGAUUGUAAUACUCCACAAUGAUAUUGCUUUGAUAUUUUCUUCAAGUAAAUUAAUCCUCCAAGAAGUAAACAAGCUCUCUGUUCUCUUGGCAAUCGCAAUCCUACUUAAUAGUGUUCAACCUGUUCUCUCCGGAGUGGCUGUGGGAUCUGGAUGGCAAUCCUAUGUUGCAUACAUAAAUUUGGGUUGCUACUAUCUAAUAGGUUUGCCACUGGGCUAUGUCAUGGGUUGGGAGUUCCACAAAGGAGUCAUGGGAGUUUGGGGUGGAAUGAUUGGUGGAACAGCAAUUCAGACCUUGAUAUUGGUCGUCAUUACCAUUCGAUGCGAUUGGAAAAAAGAGGCCGACAAAGCAUGUAUGCAUGUAAUGAAGUGGGCAGACACAAGUUAAAUAAGCUGAAAUAUUUAUUUAUUUAUAAUUUCAUUCGUAUUGCAAAAAGCUAUGCAUAUUUGUAAUGAUAUUCAAGGGAUGCCAGAGGUACAUUGCAAAAUAGAAUUAUAUUUAACAUAUGUUUCUCAAUAGUGAUUGGAGCAUGUAGGAACAUGCUUAAGAUAUAACUCUAUGUUUAAACCAGAUGAAGAAAAAAUAACAGUGAAUAAAUAUUUACAUGUUUGGUAGGAAAA